AAAUGGAGUCCCAGGGCAGGAGUCGCUCCCCGUCCCGCAGGACCAGCCGAGUGGAACAGGUGGUUGGACGAUGGCUGAGACGGUCCAGAGACUUGGGCAGCAGGUCUCACUCUCUGAGCAGAGACCGCGUUGCUGCGGACGGGAAAACGGGAGAAUCCAGCAGCGCCGAUCAGAGAAAUUACCCGUUCCGUUUUAACGUUCAGAUCCAAAAGGAUCCGGACCUCAAUUCCCAUGGCCUCACGCUUUCCAACCAGAUCCCCAUCCUGGUGCACGAGGUCACGCCAGGUGGUCCUGCAGAUGGCCGGCUCGUCCCCGGGGACCAGCUUGUGAAGAUCAAUAACGUCGCUGUCGAUGACUUGACCCCAGAGCAGGCAGCUGAAAUAAUCAGAGAGUGUCAAGACACGCUGACUAUGACUGUUCUCAGGAUCAUGCAUGGCCCGAAGUCGUCGUUCAUCACGCCUGAAAAGAGGGCCAAGCUCAGGUCCAACCCUGUCAAAGUCCACUUUGCCGAGGAGGUGGAGGUCAAUGGACAGUCUCAGGGGAACUCACUGCUCUUCCUGCCCAACGUUUUGAAGGUCUACCUGGAGAACGGGCAGACCAAGGCUUUCAAGUUCGAGACCGGCACAACUGUCAAGGACAUUGUGAUGACACUAAAAGAAAAGCUGUCUCUGAACCGCAUUGAACACUUUUCCCUGGUGCUCGAACAGCAGCACAACAGCAGCAAGCUACUGCUGCUGCAUGACGAGGAGAGGAUCCAUCAGGUGGUCCAGAAGAAGGAAGUUCAUAACUACAGGUGUCUGUUCCGCGUUUGUUUCAUGCCCAAAGACUUCAAGACGCUGCUGCAAGAGGAUCCCACUGCCUUCGAGUAUCUUUACCUCCAGGGGGUGAACGAUGUGCUGCAGGAACGCUACGCGGUUGAGAUGAGGUGUAAUACCGCCCUAAGACUGGCUGCGCUGCACAUUCAGGAGAGGCUGGUGGGCUGUGGACUGUCCCCCAAAGCCAACCUGAAGAUGAUUACGAAGACUUGGGGCAUAGAAAAUUUUGUGUCGUCUACAUUACUGAGGAACAUGCGAGAAAAAGACCUGAGGAAGGCCAUCGGCUUCCACAUGAAGAAAACCCAGUCCCAGCAGGAUCCCAAGCAAAAAGGCUUGUCAGUAGAUCAAGCACGGAUCAACUAUCUGGAGGAGCUGAGUGAUCUCAAGUCCUUUGGGGGGAAAUCCUUCGGUGCUACCUUGAUGCUUCAGGACAGGGAGUCAAUUGUGAGUCUACUGGUUGGCGCACGCUAUGGAGUGAGUCAGGUAGUCAACCGCAAGCUGAGUAUCAUGACAACCCUCACGGAGUUCAACAGCAUCACUCGUGUCGAGCUGCUGCCUGAAUCAGAAAAGGUCAGCCUCGUCAAGAUAUACCUACAGGACAUCAAGCCCAUCACUUUACUGUUGGAGGCAGUUGCAGCAAAGGAUAUGUCCUGCCUCAUAGCAGGUUACUGCCGUGUGUUUAUUGACCCCAACCUCAACGUCUUCCCCUGGAUAGAUGACAAGAAACACAGAGUUUCUGCUGAAGAAGGUUACGUGUCACGGUGUGCAAGUGACUCAGAGGACUCUUCAGACUUGGACAUGGAGCCGUUGUACAGCCUAGCAUCUGAAGACGACAAAUCCCACCCGCCUGUUAGAUCCUCGUCAGACCCGGAUGUAAGGAAAAGGAAGGACAGAGACCGGCUGAGGAGCAAAGACGACAAAGUGAAGGGAGACACCCCUGUGGAGAAUAAAAAGCUAAAACAGAAUUAUUCCGAUUCUACCAAGGAGACAUCUUCAUUAGGAAGGAAGGAAGACACAGUGGACAUAACAAGACUUGGUCCAAAAAUCCAGAUCCAAAUAACGGACAGUGGUUCAGGGGGACACAGAGUAAGUCCUGGAACUGGAGAAGAAGAGCACGCAUCUGCAUCCGAAGCGUCAGAUUCAUGUCACACUGACUCUCGUGUCCUCACCAGCCCCUCCAGUGACUCUCUCAAUGCCCUGGAGGAAGACGAUUUAAUUUCAUGCUCCUCCUCUUCCGUCCAGACGCACGCUCUCUCACAAGCUCACGUCUGCGUCCACUCCCCCAUUCAGCUGCACCUCCACUCUGACGGUCACAUCCAGCCUCACCUUCUCGCUCCUCCGCCACCUCACUCUCAUCCCCUCAUUCACCUGACAGUUGUUAGCUGUGGAGGCGAAUCAGGAGGAGGUGUAGGCUGCAGGAGGUCAGGCGAUGGAGCUGAUCCCAUACUGAUCUCCACGCCGUCUCAGAGCCCCAAAGUCCAAAAACUUUCAAGUGACCAGUGCUCAGCGGACAGCUCGCUGUGUUUCGCUGAACUCUCCCGCCUCGCAGACCUCUUGCCCAGCCCUCCUGAGGCUAGCGAGGAAGAUGAGGAGGAAGAACUGAGGCAGAAGCGAAGGUUUCAGAGCGACAUAGGUGUGACACCGAGAAAUGCAGAUGAAGGAGCAAGUGUCGGAGAGCAUCCUCUUUCCCCCUCUCUGUCAUCCCCAUCCUCCCACAAGGAAUUUGUUUUUAAUUUCGACCAAAGCGACGCUCGCUGCUACUACAACCUCUGCUCCAACAUCACCCCUGACAGCGCUCGCAGCCUUUCGGGGCCCCAGCAUCCUAACGCCGGUGGGACCCAUAAGGAUGAGGCGAAGGCGGAGGACCCUGAGCCAAUUCCCAUCCUCCAGCCGCCCCCUGGAUUCGGGGACAGCAGCUCUGACGAGGAGUUCUUUGACGCAAUAGAUCGUUUCACUUCACCUGAAGAUCCCACGUCAGGGGCCGUCCCGAGAGGCACUCGAAGAGAAUUGAAGCUGGACACCCUCAGCGUUCUCAGCCUGAGUGAUAUCCGAGUUUCUGUGAUGGACACAGAUCAAGGUGAAGGGGCAGAAAUGGACAACCAGCAAGAAAAAGAGGAAAGAGUAAACAAAGAAAUGAUGUUCCUCCUCCGGAAGAGGUCCAGAAAGCGACGCUCUUACAUGGAAACCGAUUAUACCUCCAGAGUCACAUACCCAGAAACUGAUCUGGAAUCAGAGUCCAACUUUAACUCUUGCAGGCUUCUGAAAAACCUUCUGACGGGUGCGAGUGAUAACCCCAUACUGACCUCAGAUCCAGAACCCUCGGAGCAAAGCCAAAAUCCCAGCCCUACCGUCUCUUCGCUCACUCACUCUGAAGGAGAGCCAUCUCAGCUCGAGUCCAAACCCAUCCUGUCAAAGCGUCGCUCCCACGGGAUGGGCUCUCUCUCUACGUCUGAGCAGAGCAAUGAUCUAAACCCCCCCUCCAGGACGAGGAAGCAGGAAAUGGAGAUGGAGCCAGAUGCGAUGGAAUCCAAAUCGGUCACAGAUCUCGUGAAGGUGGCGCCUCCUACCAUCACCGUCGUGCGCUGCCGAGUUGAUCCGGACGGAAAGGAGAGUGCAGAUCGGAGAGGGGACGGCAAGGAGGAAGGGGAAGAGCAAGAGGAGAUGGGUGAAAGGAGAGAGGAAGGAGAGAAGGAGAAGCCGGCAGGUUUAACAGGAAAUGGACUGCUCACUAGUCACAUGGUUUUACCUGAAAUAAUUGAGGAGGACGGACAAGAAGUAGAGGAGAAGAAAGAGAGUAUGUAUGAAUUAUCAUCCAGCUUAACGAGACCCCUCGUGGGUGCUGAAAUACCCCAAGAUGUCAUUAUGAUGCCUGAUAGUUUACCAACAGUGGAUGAAAAGCUGGUCGCUGCACAGAUAAACACACAUGUGGAUAAAUAUUUCCUACCGUUGAUUUCACCGCCACCCCCUCCACCUUCGCCGCUUCUCCCUCAAACACCCGCUGUGCCCAAGCCUGAAAGUGAGCCUUUGAUAAAAGAGGCAGAAAUAUGCAAAAACAUAGAAACCUUAAUCAAACUUACUGCUUUAGAUCCCAAAGGACCGGCUAAUAAUAUCCACUUUGACGCCACAAAGUCGUUAAAACAGACUUGUACUAGCGUUAACGAAGAAGAAUUCACUGGUGUUCAUGAAUCUACAGAAAGCUCUAAUUCGGACAAUGUUUUUGAGGAUGAGGAUGAUGUGGACACUAGUAAUUCCCUAAAUUACACUUUAGGUGAGAAGCAAGACAGCAGGACUAUAAGAGCAAACAGUUUCCUUGGUGAUUCUCCAACCCAGGGAGCUAAAGAUGAAUCACGCAUUGCGACGCAGCUUCUUUUAAACCGCGAAUUCCACAAUAUGGGCCAUUCCAUCACUGCUGAUCACAUUCUGGCUAUAAAGUCCAUUAGGGCAAAGCUUGGAGCUGCCACAACCAUCCUACCCUCUCUUAACCAAAGGACUGCACUGAAAAAUGCAAUUACGUCAAAACCCAAAAGUGAUUCCACCCUGGUGACCGGUGCAGCUGCGGAGAGUUUGGCAAGUCCCCCCAUCUUGGUCGCAAAAGCUGCCACGCUGAACGACCUCUCCAAAGAGCUUCUGCCGCCAGCUCAUUUUAUCUUCCAGACCUGUUCCCCAAGCAUCAUGGGCCGUUUAUCUGCCUCCACGCUAAGGGGAAAGAUUCAAAACUUGCCUCUUUAUCUAUCACGCUCCCAAGAAAGUCUCAGUCAAGCAGGGGUUGGGGGUUCUGCGCAGAGUCCAGCCGAGGACACCGGCAGGGACGACGACGACUUUCACGAUGUCACUCACACCCUUGACUUGGAGCUAGAACCUGACUCGGCCGAAUCGGACGACUCAGAUGCAACACUCACUGGAUCUGAGUUGGAUGGGGAGUUUAUUGUAGAAGCAAAGAAAUCUCCUUUGGCACCCGAGAAAGACGAAGCAAGCUGUCAGCUGCCUGUGCAGACUGAACCCAGACAGCAUCAUCAGACCCUUGAUUCCAGACCUAACGACAACACGCCGGGACCUGUAACAGAGCCUCCUGCAUCCAUAAUAAGCCUCUUCCAAAGAGAUGCCUCUGGGUUGAACACAGACACUCCUGGGCCAGUUAAAGAUGUCCCAGAGCUAAACAUAAAAGUCAACAGCCUCCAGGAAGGCGUCCCGAGGUAUACAGGGAGCAGUCCGUCUCCGAUAGUCGUCACGACCCAGAAUCUGAAUGGACCACGGCUCGCUUUUCAGGCUCAGUCCCAAAGAGUGAGAAGGACGAGUAGUGACAGACCUCUGAUGGGUCUUUGUAGACCUUCAGAGCAGAUCUCAGACUCAUCCAAAGCAUCUUCUCCCGGUUGCAAAGUGUUCACCAUCUGUGAGGAUGUGUCCCAGACGAGCACUCCAGCCGACCCAGGUUCCUCCACGCCCCUGAAAUCUGAGUUUGGCUGCAGCUCUCUGCUUGCCUCUGGCUGUGAGUCGGUAGCGGAGGGGGUGCAGGUGCCCCUGGACGCCUGCGGCUGUCCGGCGUCGUACACAAACUGCUUCAGUGGGGAAGACAGCUUUGACGACGAGCUUACGGUCUACGAGUUCUCCUGCCGCUCUCAGAGCAGCCGCGUUUCUCCGGCUCCCAAAGGAGGCCUUCAUCUCGUCACAUCUGCCCCUGUUCCCUCCUUCAUCUCCACCUCCUCCACCCUCUCCCCAUCAUUUCCCCACCCCAUCCUUUUAUCCUCCUCCACCUCUGAACUCAGCCCUCUUCUCUCUCCCCCCUCUGACACCUCCGAAUCGUAUUUGUCUCAAGCGCACAAGGACACUCUCAGCCACCUGGGUCAGCAGGAGUACCCGGAACCCCCCGAGGGUUUCCAGGUUCUUCGUGGAGACGUCGACACGCUCCUGUCGUUUCUGGAAGGUAGCGGCGGCUCUGACCGAUCGGGGCUUGGCGGUCGCCACCCGAGGGACACAUGCCCGGCACACUUUACAGAGAACAAGAGGGUGCUCCAGUUGGAGGCCCGGCGGCUCAUGUCCGGCUGCCAGAAGGUGGCGGGGAGCGGGCAGAGCCCUGAAGACAUGCUUCAGUUCCUGGCCGACAGUUUCCGGACAUUGGUAGAGCUGGCCGGCGUCUGCCUCUGGUUCUCCGGCUGCGACAGGUGCGACCGCAGGAACUCGGAGGCGGUCGCCGGCCUGGCAGACGUCGCCCGCUCAUUCAGGGACUUCUGCUUGGCGGCAGAGCGAGCCAGCAGCAAACGCAGCUGCCAGGACCUGAGCACCAAGCUGCUGGCCAAGCAGUGCACGGCGCUCACCGCCUCCGUCUUCUGCCUCACGCAGCUGUUCCGCACCCUCACGGCACUGUGAGAGCGCCUCAGCCUGUCCGGCCCGGACCUGUUGGGGAUUUUAGGAGCUGGGCCACUCCCAGAACUCGACAUUACAGAGCCAAGUUUGAUGCAGUUCAACGGAAGGGGUCAUGUGUAAAGGUGCAUGUGAUGACGUUCUUUUUGCUGCAUAAGUUCUGCUUACCACAGACUCUGUGGAUUUUUAGGAUUUAGGAACUGAUAUACUUGAAUGUAUUCUUUAUCUAGCAAUUGUAUUAUUUAUUAUUUAUUGAAUCGGUUGCUACUGUGUGUCUGAAGAGGUGCAAAGUGGAGGAAGAAAUGUUUACAGACCGCUUUUGUUGGCAGGAGAAACAGUGUGUUCACAAACGCCACGUACAGAGCAAAUGUGUUUGAUUUACUCGUGCACAGGCCUUUAGUUCGUUCAGCUUUCUACAUUAAUACAACUUUGAUCCUCGUAGAAGAAGGAUCAAGCAUACGGCGCCUUGCAAAAGCCGUCUUCACAUUUUGCGUUUCUGGUUUGAUGUUCUGUGAUAGACCAACAACGGAGCACACACAAAGUAUGUGAAGUAGAGGGAAAAUAAUACGGUGUUUUCAAAACUUGAUAUUGACGUGUAUUCAGCCCCCCUCGGUCAAUGCUUUUUAGGAGAACCGUUGUCCUUUGGGGUAGGUCUCUACCAGCUUUCCAUUUCUGUAAACUGAAGUCUUUGUCCAUUGUUGUUCGGAAAAUGGCUCCCAGUCAGUCAGAUUAAGUGCCGAGCGCCUGUUAUCAUCGUUUUUAAAGUCUUGCCACAGAUUCUGAUUUGGAAACAGGACUGGACUUUGACUGGACCAUUCCGUCAUAGUGAAUAUGCUUUGAUUUAAACCAGAGGACUUGAACUCCGGUCCUCGAGGUCCGGUGUCCUGCAGCUUUUACAUGUGUCCCUGGUCCAACACAGCUGAAUCAAAUGGCUGAAUUAGCUCCUCAGCAUGCAGUGAAAUUCCCCAGGGUCCUGCUAAUGAUCUGAUUAUUUGACUCCGGUGUGUUGGGGACGCAUCUAAAGCUGCAGGACACUGGAUCUCGACGACCAUUUUUCACUGUGGGGCUAGUGUGUUUAGGGUGAUUAAAAGUGUUUGUUUUGCAACACA